GGAAGUGGUGACGGGAGAGGGGUGUGGAGUAUCGAGGGGGGGUGGAAACUACAUAAAGGAAGGCUCCUGCCCGCGGGCCGGUGAUUGAAGAAACGGCGAGGAAGAGGCAAGGACGGAGGUUUGGCUGGCAGUGUCAAGUUCCUGUCUGUUCUUCUCCGAUUGAAAAGGCUUAUUUAAAGUGAUCCGUCACUCCCUCCUCCAGCAACAGCCUCUGCUCCUCCUCUCUCCUUCCCAGUAACUCCACAAGUCUGUUCCACGGGUCCCGUCUGCCCUAUUACCUCCCAGACUACGCCAGCCCAUGGAUUUGAAAGCGGAGGCUCAGCGUGUGAUGGCCGUGGCGUUGGGCAAGAUGUACAGCUGCCGGCUACAGAGAGGCGGUGCUCGCCUUCACCGGAGCUUGCUGUUGUCCUUGGUGCUCAGGGGAGCCCAGGACGUCUACCUCGGCCUCAGAACCGCCCGUCUGCCGGCGCGGGAGGAGCCGGCCGCCACCGUAAUGGAGGUGGAGGACCAAGUCCGAGGAGCCGACUCGGCGGGAAGUCCUAUCGAACUGAUGGACUGCUCGGCGCAACCUCUCGCUGCGACGGAGAGCCCGUCGCAAAGGAUCGAAUCGCAGGGGGUUUCCGGGCGAUGUAUCCAGUCGGGACAGUGCGAGCCGGCUCAGAAAACAGCCGAACACCAGCCAGUCGUUCACCGGGCGGAAAGGGGCAGGAAGCGGACGAAAGUCUGCCCUGAGCCCGAGGGUCUCCCGAGCAAGCGGGCCAGGCUGGAGGAGCAGGAGGAGAGAGAGGCGAGCCCUCCUCCGUCUCACGUCCUGGCGUCUAGCCUGGGGACGGGACUGCAGAUUAAAGUCAAAGAGCAGCCGGUGACACAGGGACCACCGAUCUGGCGGGACAGAGUGCUGGGCGAGUUGUCCAUGUGGGUCCGACCCAUCGUGGCUUACUGAGAGGCGCUGAAGCUCGAGCAGGUUUUGGCUCGGAAACUGACCAGAGCUUUUGGCAAAGGAGUUUGCCCUGAAAUCCGGACGAGGCAACUCCCUGCUGACCGAGAGAUCCGCCCAUCUGGCCGUGCUGAGUCGCCUUUGAAGGUGUCUGAACAGCGAAGAAAGCUGAGGGAGGACAAAGACUGAGCAGAGAUUAUGGUGCCUCGAGCCUAGAAGCGACCAGACCAAUUAGUAUCAUGUUGCACAGCGGCAGGAUUCUCCCUGAAUAAUCCUGACUUGUUAGAACUCGGUUUGUCCUCCGAACCGUCAACAGACUGAUCUCGCUAUUUGUUUAAAGUCUACGUGCGUGUGUGUGAGAGAGACAGAGGAACCCGCUCAUUAGCCGUGGGCGACAUGAGUCACGCACAUUGAACUUGUUACACCUCAUUGCGUCAGAAGGUAACUUAUAUGGAAGUCGGAAAUAUAUUUUUAAAAUUCAGGACUUGUUUGGCAUUGAGUGUCACGCAUCAUCCUUUUAAAGACUUAUUUUACACUUCAAACUUGAUGGUAUUAUUACCUCUGAAGUUCAAUUCUGCAUACUUGAAAUGUAGUUGUAAAAUUUUAAAUUUGAAAUGGACCAAUAAAAAUGAUUUUUUUAA